AUGUUACCCUUUCGCCCCAAACCUUCAGCGGAGGAGCCGGACCCCUACAAUGCCACCUCUCACACGGUCCGCAAGCAGGCUACGACGGUUCCACCAUCCAUUCAAAACAAUGACCCAGUUAGUUUGGACGACGACGCAUCAUCUAGGCCUGCUGUCCCCGCGACUGAAAUUGUACCGAUGGCCAACUAUGAGGCACCCACGAAUGCCCCUUCGGAAGCGACCCCAUCUUCCUGCGGUGAAACCUUCUCCACAUUCACAGCAGGUACGCGGUCUCGCUGGGCCGCCCAACCGCCGCGACCCCUUCUCGCGUUCAAGAAUUUUAUCGCUUACGACGAUGCCGUUCGCACCCUACCUUUCAAAAUUGAUGAACAUCCAGAGGCGUCGGGUCCUCGUUUACCAACUUCAUGUCCUCUUUCAUGGCAGUACGAGUUUUCGUGGAGGGGUGGAGCCGUCCUCUUCGCUGGUGAUCCCUUGAACACCGCCCAGGCACACAUCCGAUCUAGUGAGCUCUGUGAUGCCACUUUUGGGGACAGCGCGGAGCGGUCUGCCACCAUUACAACACACGCCAGGACAUGCAAGUCAGCGGACGAAGUGACGUGCAAGUCAUGGGAUUCGGAGGGCCUCAGGAAAGCAGCGUUUGAGCGAGGGCAAAUCCAGAAAGAAAUCGAGGAGACACGUGCCUAUCUUCUGGAACAACUGGAGGCUUACUGGAGGUCGCAUCCCCCACAAAGAUCAGCCAGCCGACGAAAAGGGAAGGGUCCCGCCGAUCAAGCAGGGCAGCGCCCUCCCGCUCGAGAGGUCAGUCGGCCCUACAACAAAAGAGGAUUUGCAGGCGGUCGACGCAGAAUCGGCCAAGGAUGCGGAGAUGGGGACGACGAUGACGACGACGGCGAAGAUGAUUUGGCUCCAGCGGCAGGCUCAUCAAUGCCAAACGCACGGAAGCGGUGGUAUGCAUGCCCCUAUCAAAAGUGGAGGCUACAGUACUACGUCUACGAGUGCGGGACUGGCUUUCGGAACAUCACUGAUGUGAAGACCCAUCUACUCAAGAAACACUUCGCAAUCACCUGCCCUCGAUGCUGCGGUGUGUAUGAUGAUGUCGAUUUGGUACGGCUUCACGUUCUCAAAGGCUGUGGAAACCCCCCGAGAAGCCACCCUGACGGCUGCAUCAUGAGCGAACGACAAAGGGACACCAUCAGCGCCCAUUUCGGCGGCAAGAAGAUGCUAGACCAUCAAAAGUGGGAGUUUCUCUUCCGUACACUGUUUCCGAACGAACCACUUCCCGAGAGCAUAUACAUGCUUCGCCAAGAAGAAGAAUUUCGAAACUUUCUGAACAGCUGGGCCUGCUCGGUGGGGAAGGAAGUUUUCGACAAUAUUCGCUGCCAGGCUCUUUACAACCCGCAACUCAGAUGGGGCGAGCCGGAGGCAAUCCAACGGACGGCAGUAAUGGCGCAGUUCAUAACAUUGAAGCUUCAAGAUCGUGCGUCCUGGGAGCGCCGUGACGCCGACUUUGCGAUGGCCCGACAAGACUUUGACAGAACCUUGUCCUCGGAUGCUGGUGUCUCAGCGGUAGCCAACCAUCAAACAUCCGCUGCUCCCAGUUUAACUUGGGCUCACGACACCGUGGCGCAGUUGGCCCCCCACGAGUGGAACCCCCAACCCGAGCCAAACCCUUGGUGGCCCAUGCCGACCAUAGGAGAGGACACCGUUGUUUCAGGGUGUGCAAACACCAAUAUUGAUACUCUGGGUCCGACCUCUGCCUGCUCCAACCGUUCAUCCGGGUCUGGAGAAAGCCCAAUAAUCUCGCUCAACCAGUGCGAUGCACUAGCUCCGCAGAACGGCCCAGCUUCCACUUUCAACACUGACGGUCUUGGUAUCCCUGGGAUCGACCUACCAGGGCCGUCCUCAGCUGCCCAGUGGGCGGGAGGUUACCAGCAGGGCGAGCCUAUUUACCUCGAUCCUUCCCAUCUCACCAACGGAGCAGCACCCGAGCCGGGCGCCGGUGCCAUUGUUGGUGUCGAUGAGCACGCAAGGCCUUUGACAGCAUGGAAUCCCUGUGUACAGAGUGGGAACUGGGGUCUCCCUGAUGAUUCAUUCAAUCAAGUGUUUGACCCGUGGCGCAUUUCGAAUGACGACGUGAUAAGUGAGGUGGUUGGCCGCGUGCAACGAUAG